AUGAGAGCGCGCGCGCGUGUGUUAACAGUUUACCGCGUUAUUGCAUGGCUCUGUGAAAGGUUGUGUGAACCAUUACAUGAGAAUUGUGAUCUUGGCGUGUAUAUUUCAUCACUAACCAUUGAAUUGUUUGCAUAUAUGGAUGCCAUUAAUCUGACUUCGUCUGUUAUGACCAGGCGACAACGACAUCUCUGGAUUUGUUCACAGAUACAUUCUAGAAUAAUCUUUCUUGUGGUGCAGAUUCUGAUGAUCAUUUUAUCUCUGGUAAUAUUGAUUAAUAAUGCCAGUAAACCAUUAUCUCAUGGAGCUGGUUGUGGGCACUCUUUUAUUGCUUAUGCUAUUUUUUCUGGAGCUGUUGCUGGAAUUUGGGCGCUAAAACUUGCCGAUAAUAUGCAUCAAAAGGAUCGUCGGGUAAAAAAACAUUGCUUCAUUCCUCCCAAACUCAUCAUUAUUCCAUCUUACAUCAUACAGAUCGGUCUCAUGGUUUGGUUCGCAUACGAAAUUUUCUACUAUUUGGUAAUGAACAUGUCGUCAUUUAUGGAACAAUCACCGUUAUUCCUGUUCUUUGGUGUUUUAAUUCCAAUUUGGCUUAUAUGGAUUAUAAUUUUGUACGUUUUCGCUGCAGAAAUUAAUUGCCUUGUAUAUGUAAUCAAUCGUACUGAUCACUGGCGUUUCACACAAUAUCCACCCUCUUUGCUGAAUAUACGCGCUUUAAAUAAUGAAAGACGUCCGUUUGAUUCGUCAUCAUCAAGAAACCGCCUUGGACAUGCCACGGACAUGCCGCACGAGCGUGAACGAACGUCGGAGUUAUCCAUUACUACUGUGAAUAGUGGGUCAAGGAAAACAUAUAAUAACACGGAAACCAGAAUUGAAGUGAUUCCUUCCGUUCAUGCAACAGAAAAAACAGCACCAUGUUUCUCGGAAUGUUCACGAAUGGGUAUCUCGAUGAUCGGUUCUCAGUUGGAAACUGUUCCAGAAGAAUCCUCGAAAUCCACAAAUUCUUUACUAUAA